GGGGCCGGGGCAUGGCCAGGCUCACGCGCGGCCGGGCGAGCCCGCAGCCGCCGCCGCUCCCGCCGCCGCAGCCGCCGCGCCCGCCGCGCCGAGCCUCCCCCAUGAGCAGCAGCGGCGGCGCGGAGCCCCCCGCGCAGCCCGACAGCAUGAAGGACCUGGAUGCCAUCAAGCUCUUCGUGGGGCAGAUCCCGCGCAACCUGGAGGAGAAGGACCUCAAGCCGCUCUUCGAGCAGUUCGGCAAGAUCUACGAGCUCACCGUGCUCAAGGACCGCUACACCGGCAUGCACAAGGGUUGUGCGUUCCUCACGUACUGCGCCAGAGACUCUGCCAUCAAAGCCCAGACGGCACUGCACGAACAGAAGACUUUGCCGGGGAUGGCGCGCCCGAUUCAAGUGAAACCCGCAGACAGCGAGAGCCGUGGAGGUAGGGACAGGAAGCUCUUUGUGGGCAUGUUAAAUAAGCAGCAGUCUGAGGAUGACGUGCUCCGACUCUUUGAACCAUUUGGGGUCAUUGAUGAAUGUACAGUGCUCCGCGGACCUGAUGGUAACAGCAAAGGCUGUGCUUUUGUAAAGUUCUCAUCUCACACAGAGGCUCAGGCAGCAAUCCACGCACUCCAUGGCAGCCAGACAAUGCCCGGCGCCUCCUCCAGUCUAGUGGUGAAGUUUGCUGACACAGAUAAGGAGAGGACCCUCCGUCGUAUGCAGCAAAUGGUGGGGCAGCUGGGGAUAUUCACUCCAUCUCUCACCUUGCCGUUCAGCCCAUACAGCGCCUAUGCGCAGGCUCUGAUGCAGCAGCAGACGACGGUUCUCUCCACCUCCCACGGCAGCUACCUGAGCCCAGGCGUCGCCUUUUCCCCUUGCCACAUCCAGCAGAUCGGCGCCGUCAGUCUCAACGGGCUGCCAGCCGCUCCCAUCGCACCGACAUCAGGGCUACAUUCACCACCUCUCCUGGGAACAGCAGCCAUGCCAGGGCUCGUGGCACCCAUUUCAAAUGGCUUCACUGGAGUGGUACCGUUCCCAAACGGGCAUCCAACCUUGGAAACAGUUUACACCAAUGGUCUUGUGCCAUACUCAGCCCAGGGCCCUUCAGUAGCAGAGACUUUGCACCCAGCUUUCACAGGAGUUCAGCAGUACGCAGCUGUGUAUCCAACCACCACCAUCACCCCCAUUGCUCAGAGCAUCCCUCAGCCACCUCCCAUCCUGCAGCAGCAGCAACGAGAAGGUCCUGAAGGCUGCAAUCUCUUCAUCUACCAUCUCCCUCAGGAGUUUGGAGACAAUGAGUUGAUGCAGAUGUUCCUGCCCUUUGGCAAUAUCAUUUCCUCCAAGGUCUUCAUGGAUCGUGCCACAAACCAGAGCAAGUGUUUUGGUUUCGUAAGCUUUGACAACCCAUCCAGUGCACAGACUGCUAUCCAGGCCAUGAAUGGCUUCCAGAUUGGCAUGAAACGUUUGAAGGUCCAGUUAAAACGACCCAAGGACGCUAACCAUCCCUACUGACGGCAGUUGAGCAAGCAGGAGUCACUUCUGCAGCACAGUGGCUCACAGGACCAAACUUUUCCAUUCAGAGACUGACUCCUUGCAAGAGGGAUUGGAAGUUAAGGGUUUACCUUUGCAACAGUGUCUUCUCAGCAAGCACUGCAGAUAGGCCUGAACGUUUUUGAGAGGAUGCUUGGAUGGACGAGAGCGAGAGAGACCGAGCGCAUCUCUCUGCUCACCGUUAGCAAGAAGCAAGGAGAAAGAGAACUACAUACCUCCAGGAUUAGGGCGCAGCCAGCUGCUCAGCUCGAGUCACUCAUCCACCGACCUUAGCACCAGCCUGGUUAAGGAUCUCAAGAGCUCUCAGACUUACCUUUCCAAGGGCUUCUGCAGACAAAGCUCCUGGAAUUUGGUGCCAAAGCCUAUCCCUGAGCACUCCUCGAUUAGGCUGAAAGCACAGGAACCCAGUCCCUCUACCUACAGGAACUGUACUGCCUCCCGGCGUGUGGCACAGCUCCAUGUUUCAUAGCUCUCCAUGGUAACGGAGCGUUUUCUUGAUCAAGGCAAGAGAAGAUGAGAGAGUGUGAGCAGAUGCACUCUCCAAAACAGAGCGACAGAAGCCUCCCAGGGGCUACAGCCUGCCUCCCCGUGUCAGAAGUAAUCUAACGCUGGUUAGCUGGCAGUUCUGCUUCCCGGGAAAAAUGGGACGUUGUCUCCAUCUGAAUCUAGCAAGAGGACUCGCCUCUUACACCCUCUGCAAAGCUUUCCCAAGCAGACACAAGGAUAGUACGAUGAAAGGGGGUUGCCAUUCUGGUUUUUUUUCCCACCACCCCCUCCAAGGAACAGAUUAUACAUUAUGCAGCAUAUAUAGAGACAGCUAUAUGCACAUACACUUCAGCACAGAACAUAGUUCAGAGCUUAACAAAGAUCCCCUGGGGGGCGGGGGGGGGUGUCGUACUGACAAGGCACGUCCAUUUAACAACUCCAAACUGUCUCUUGAAGUUUCUACCAAGGAAAGGAAAGAAAAACAAAAGAAACCAACCAACCCCACAAACCUUCUGAAUGAUUAGUUUCAACACUCCAGAGGUUGAUAAGGUACCAAGAACAUUCCCCUGCGUGUGUGCACGCGUGUGUGUGUGUGUGUGUGUCCGCGUUCGAGCGUGAACAGAGGGUUGGUGGAGAUGGGCUGAUGCAAUUGAUGCUAAAAAGUGAGAUAUGGGGACUUCAGAGAACCUCGGCCAAUUCUCAUCCUCCUCCAGUUUCCCUUCGUUUAAACGUUCAUGGCACAGUUCUCUAAGCACCUUCACAUCUCCGCAACCACCCCUCUGUACCCGAUGCUGAGAGAUUAUGAGACGGAUGAAGCUGUGCGAGUCUUGUGUGUUUCUAUAGUCCAUGUUUACUUAUUGUAAAUACCAUUUUUAUACUUAACAUCUAUUAUGUACGUGAUUUGUAUAAUGUACUUUAUUUCUGCUACAAGUAAUUUCAUGAAGUUUAAACUUAAUCUAAUUUUGAACAAAAAAAAAAACCAAAAAAACCCACAAAUGCAAAAUGGGGAAAAAAAGGACUUUGGAAAUUCUACGUCAAGCUGGUUUAAAACAAGCAUUUACAGUUUCUUCCAUCACAGUUACUGAUGUGACUGUACAGGUGCGAUACAAGCUUCGUCAAUGUCAAAUUCCUCACUCUGGUAAAAAAAAAAUAAUUAUUUAAUAAAAGUUUUACUUGCUAAGUA